GCGGGCACUCGGCUUGGCUUUUUCGGCUUUUGGCUCACGUGAUCGGGAAACGCGCUCGGCGACCAGCUGCCAAAAGGCUAAUGCAAUAAUAACGGGUUUUAUUUUUGGAUACAUUCGAAAAUAUUCGAAAAUCGUGUGCGAAGAUGCUCAGUAAUUUGAGCUAUAAGUUUUGUUAAACAAUAGAAUUGAGACUAAAAGUGCUAAACUCUUAACAUUUUAACAACCUUGGCGGGGCAAAGAGUCUUAAUUGGACAACAAAAACAAAAAAUAACUCCAGCCGGUUCAAAGUGGUUAUAGCCGCUUGUUACUUUACCUACAUCAACCAUAACAACAACAUCGGCAAUUCAAAUCGCCAACAACAAUACCAGAAAAUCAGCAUAAGCUCAAUUGUCGCCUGGCAGACAAGACACUGGCGAAGGUGCAAGCCUCAUUGUUGUGUUAAAAAUAAGAAGACGCUUAAAAACUACAGGCAAAAUGGAGUCAUCCCGCAGGAAUUACCAAAAUUCUGCCUUUGUGAGCGACGAUGGUCGCAGCACAGCCAGCACCGUGGACAUUUCGGCCACCAGUUCAGUUCCCCGUGAUAAUGCCACCGACGCAGAGGCCGCAAAGUCGCCAGAGGAGCGUGCCACCUGGGGCAAGGGAAUCGAGUUCCUGAUGUCCUGCAUCGCCAUGUCUGUGGGCCUCGGAAACGUUUGGCGUUUCCCUUUCACCGCCCUGGACAAUGGUGGCGGCGCAUUCCUCAUCCCAUAUCUCAUUGUCCUGUUCCUGAUUGGCAAACCGAUUUACUAUCUGGAAAUGGUAAUUGGCCAGUUUUCAAGCCGCGGCUCGGUAAAAGUUUUCGAUUUGUGUCCGGCCAUGAAAGGUGUUGGAAUUGGGCAGGUGAUAUCGAUAUCUAUGGUUACCACUUACUACGUGGCCAUAAUGGGCAUAACCCUGCGCUACCUGUUCGAUUCGUUUCGCUCUCCGCUGCCCUGGUCCGAGUGCCGGACGGACUGGCAGUCGUUCUGUGUGGCGUCCAGCCAGGGCAACACCUCCAAAUUGGUCAGCCCCAUGGAAAUGGAUGGUCUGCCCCAGCAGCAGCCUGUGGCAUCCGCCGAGCUGUAUUUUCUUAAGGAAGUUCUGCACGAGUUGCCCAAUAUCGACGAUGGAAUCGGCCUGCCCAACUGGGAACUGGUCCUUGGACUUUUCGUGGCCUGGGCCAGUGUUUUCCUCAUCAUUCGUCGUGGCGUCAAAAGCUCCGGCAAAGCCUCUUACUUCCUGGCCAUCUUCCCCUACAUCAUCAUGGGUGUCCUUCUGGUGCGGGCUGUAACCCUGCCAGGGUCCAUUGAUGGCAUUUACUACUUCAUCAGGCCCCAGUGGGGCAAGAUUCUGGAUCCGAAAGUGUGGUACGCAGCAGUGACCCAGUGCUUCUACUCCCUGUCCGUGUGCUUCGGCAACAUCAUCAUGUAUGCCUCCUUCAACAAGUUCGGCCACAAUGUGCACCGGGAUGCAGUUAUUGUGACCAGUCUGGACACGGUUACCUCCCUGCUAGCUGGUUUCACGAUAUUCGGUAUCCUGGGCCAUUUGGCUCAUGAGAUCGGCACCGAUGACAUUGGAACGGUGGUAAAGGGUGGCGCCGGCUUGGCAUUUAUUUCGUACCCGGACGCCAUUUCCAAGUUCAAGAGCCUCCCACAGAUAUUUUCGGUGCUGUUCUUCCUUAUGUUGUUUGUCCUGGGAAUCGGCUCGAACAUUGCCAUGACAUCCUGUUCAGUGACUGCCAUUCGGGAUCGGUUCCCCAACUUUAAACAGUGGCAAUGUUCGCUGCUUAUUGCUGUUGUCAGCUUUGUGAUUGGACUUAUAUAUAUAACUCCGGGAGGACAAUAUAUGCUGACUUUAGUGGACUUCUUUGGAGCUUCGAUGAUUGCUCUGGUGCUGGGAAUUGCUGAGCUGUAUACGAUCGGUUGGAUUUACGGUACCGAUCGCCUUUGCAAGGACAUUGAGUUCAUGCUGGGACGCAAGGUGGGCCUCUACUGGAGACUCUGCUGGAGCAUUAUCACACCUCUCAUUAUGACCACUAUUUUGAUAUAUUUCUACGCAACCUACGAGCCCCUGACCUACAACAAUGUGAUCUACCCCACUUGGGCCUACGGCAUUGGCUGGAUGAUUACUGCCUUUGGAAUUCUUCAGCUACCCAUUUGGAUGAUAGUGGCCAUUAUCAGAGAUCCGGGUACAACAUUGGGUGCCAAGAUUCGAGGUGCCUUUACGCCGAAAAAGAACUGGGGCCCCAUGGAUCCUCUGCUACGGGAGCAAUACCACAAGGAAAUCGAAAACGAUUUGACCCCGAGACGAGGUCAAGGUGUUUGGGCUGCCAUCAAGCAGAAUAUUUUUGGCUAAUCGAAAAUUCCAUAUUAUCUAUCACAGGCCCAAUGUAAAUAAUCAUGUGCUUAGUAUUAGCGAUUCCUGUAUAAAAGAUCUUUCUCUACUCUUAAGUCUGCCAAUAAACCUAAUAAGAACUUUAAA